AUCCUGAUUUGAUAGUGUCCCUGUACUAAAGUAAUAAUGUUCUUUUGUAUUAUUGCAGAGAUAUAAAGCCAGAUAAUAUCUUGCUGGACCGUGAUGGCUACGCCAGGCUCGCUGAUUUUGGCAUCGCCAAGAAAACUAUGGGAUUUGACGGCAGAACCCGCAGUAAUAUAGGAACCUGUUACUACAUGGCCCCUGAAAUCCUCCGUUACCAUGGCUACCGGAAAUCCGUGGACUGGUGGGCACUAGGGGUGGUGAUUUAUCAAAUGCUUCUCCACAAGAAGCCAUUUGAUGGACGUAACAUAGAUCAGAUUUUUAUGAGCAUCAAAAACAAGGAGCCAAAAUUCCCAAAAAAACUGGAUGAAGACGCCACUAGUCUUAUAGAAAAACUCUUGAGGAAAGACCCAGACAUACGGCUUGGAGCAAGCGAACGUGAUGCAGAAGAACUAAAGGAAUGUUCCUUCUUUAAGGAACUGGACUUUGAUGCCCUUUCGAAAAAACUCAUCAAGGCCCCGAUCAUUCCCAAACAGAAAACACCUGGAUGUUUCCAUAGAGUAUUUCCUAGAGGUCCAAGGCAGGUUGUAUUAUCAGGAGAACGAUAUAAACCAGCACUUAAAUUUGUAGAGAAGGAAUUUGGAAACUUUGCUUGUUCUCCACUUUCACAAUGACGGAAUGCCGACCAUCUUCACCAGGGUUGGACUGGGGGAACCCCCUCUGUCCUCCCUUUCUGAGCCGGCGUGCUGUGCUGCGUGUGCAUGAGCGCCGCGUGUAUUGUCCUUUGUCAGGCAUUAGCAGCAGGAAGAAGGUGCGGAUCUGACCCACAAGAGCCAGGGGCCCACCGGGUUUUUUCCUGGAGUCCCACCGGCCCAGUCCGACACUGAAAUCCUGGGAAAAGAAAAGGUACAGUAUAUCAUUGAGGUAAAGAACGGGACAUCGAUGUGGUCAUGAUCGGACUAGAAGAAGAGAUUACAAGGUGACCAGGUGUAGAAGACAGGCCUAGGAAGAGGAACAUCAAGCUUCUAUGACUUACAAUAAUCCCCUUUUUUGUUUAAAAAAACCCUCCCUAACACCCCCUGAGCCUACUGUUCCCUCUUAUGAUUGGCACCAUUACUGCCCAGUGGCCUCUCAAACAGUCGGCUGAGGGGGUGUUGGUGCAAUAAAUCAAUAGGUUCUCCGACCUGUUGAUUCAUUGUAACGACCCCCAAACCCAGUUUAAUGGCAGGCCAUAGAGCCAAAGCAACUGGGCAACAUUCAAACUCAUGCUGGUGAGGGGGUG